AUGAUCUCCGCGGAGAGGAGCCAGUCGCAGAGCCCGCGGUCGCCCGGGGCGGCGGCCGGGGCGCCGUUCCUGUCGAUCUGCGUCACGGAUCCCGUCAAGAUGGGCACCGGCGUUCAGUCCUACAUCUCCUACCGCGUCAUCACCAAGACUAACCUACCUGAAUUCGAGGGAGCAGAGAAAAUUGUUAUCCGGCGCUAUAGUGAUUUUGAGUGGCUGCACGAUCGGCUAGCUGAGAAGUACAAAGGCAUUUUUAUACCUCCUCUUCCAGAGAAGAAUGCUGUUGAGAAAUUCCGGUUUAGCAAAGAAUUCAUUGAAUUGAGGCGCCAAGCUCUGGACCUAUUCAUCAACAGACUAGCUUCACACCCUGAACUUAAGCAAAGCGAAGAUUUGAGGACAUUUUUGCAGGCAGAUGAAGAGAAAAUGGAUAGAGCAAGGUCUUUUGAGACUGGUAUAUUUAAGAAGCCGGGAGAUUUCAUACAGAUGUUUAAGGAUGUACAGUCAAAAGUCAGCGAUGUUGUUUUGGGAAAAGAAAAGCCAGUGGAAGAGUCUACUCCUGAAUAUGAGAAGCUUAAACAUUACAUAUUUGAGCUAGAAAAUCAUCUAGCAGAGGCCCAGAAACAAGCAUUUCGCCUUGUAAAAAGGCACAGAGAACUUGGGCAAUCUUUGGCGGACUUUGGGAAAGCGAUUAAGCUUUUAGGCGCCUGCGAAGGGGAUUCGUUGGAGAAGGUGUUUUCUGAAGUUGGUUCGAAGUCAGAAAUGUUGUCAAUAAAGCUGCAAAGAGAGGCAGACAACCUUCUCUUUAAUUUUGAAGAACCUUUGAAAGAUUAUGUGCGUGCUGUGCAGUCAAUAAAGGCCACUAUGCUUGAUCGAGCCAAUGCUUUUAGGCAGCACUUUGACUUGGACCAGGAGAGGAAGUAUAAAGAGCUUAACCUUGAAAAAAUGAAGUUCAUGAAUCCUGAGAAGUUUUCCGAGUCGGAAACUGAGUUCAGUGAGUUGAAAGCAGCCAGUGAGGAGGCUACGGAGAGGUACGAGCACAUAGUUAGUGUGAUGAAUGACGAGCUUGCACGAUUCCAGGAGCAGAAAACAGCUGAUAUUGGACUUGCGUUCCAUGAGUUUGCCAAAGGGCAAGCAAAGUUAGCUAAAGAUAUUGCUGAUGCAUGGCGCAGCGUCCUCCCAAAGCUAGAGGCGUGUUCCAGUUCAUAA